AUGGAUGGCUCAACAGAUUUCCAAGGGAAAAAGUGGGCAGAUUAUGCUAGAGGAAAUGAUGCAAUCCAUGUUCUUACUAAAGCUGGGAACCAGAAGUUACGGAUAGAUGUAACCAGAUUUUCAGGAGUUAGUGGAAACGCUACAUAUUCAACUUUCAUUGUCAACAAUGCAACAAACAAAUAUAAACUUACCAUUGGAGGAUAUAAGGGGUCCGCUGGAUUCAAAGAUAACAUGUCCUACCAUAAUGGCAUGUAUUUCUCCACCACUGACAGUGGUAAUGAUCAGUAUGGAAGUAACUGUGCUGAGAAGUUUGGGAAUGGUUGGUGGUUCAAUCAAUGCCACAGGUCCAACUUGAAUGGGAAGGAUUACAGAAAGCCUUCCUCGGCAUUCAAUGCCUUGACAUGGUAUAAAUGGUCAGACAAGAAUUUACAUGGACAUUUAAAGUCGGCACAAAUGAUGAUUAAACCAAAGUGAUAAU